AUGGCUGCCACAUCGGGUAGUAGAAAUGACCGAUUGAAUUGUCCAUCCCACCCAGAAGCCACCUUAGUUGAAGAUUAUCAUGCAGGGGACAUGAUAUGUUCUGAAUGUGGCCUUGUAGUUGGAGAUAGGGUUGUUGAUGUUGGCUCAGAAUGGCGUACAUUUAGUAAUGACAAAGCCCAAAAAGAUCCAUGCCGUGUUGGUGAAUCAGAAAAUUCUCUACUGAGUGGAAGCAAUUUAUCAACGAUAAUCGGGAAACCAACUGGUAAUGCUGGCUUUAAUCAAGAUGGAUCCGCUAAAUACCAUAACAAGAGAACGAUGAACAGUUCUGACAGGACAUUAUUAAAUGCAUUCCGUGAGAUAGCUCAGAUGGCAGAUAGAAUCAAUUUACCCAAAACUAUUGUGGAUCGUACAAAUACAUUAUUUAAACAAGUACAUGAACAGAGGACUUUACGAGGUCGUAGCAAUGAUGCCAUAGCUGCAGCAUGUCUUUAUAUAGCGUGUCGUCAAGAAGGUGUACCCAGAACAUUCAAAGAAAUAUGUGCAAUAUCUAGAGUAAGUAAAAAAGAGAUUGGGAGAUGUUUUAAAGAAAUUCUUAAAGCCUUGGAAACUAGUGUUGAUCUCAUAACAACAGGUGAUUUUAUGUCUCGUUUUUGUUCCAAUCUUGGGUUGCCAUCCCGGGUUCAGAAGGCAGCCACUCACAUUGCCAAGAAAGCAGUUGAAAUGGACCUGGUACCAGGACGUAGUCCCAUAUCUGUGGCAGCUGCCGCUAUCUAUUUGGCAUCACAAGCAUCAGAAGAAAAGAAAUCACAAAAAGAGAUUGGUGAUGUAGCAGGUGUAGCCGAUGUGACUAUAAGGCAGUCCUAUAGACUCAUAUUUCCCAAAGCGGUUAGUCUUUUCCCAGAAGAUUUCAAAUUUGCCACCUCUAUUGAACAUCUACCUCAGCCAUAAAGAUUAAACACCAAUGACUGGACAUGUUUCUUGUUACUCUCAUCCUCUGUAUUAGAACACUGUCACUGAUUGAUUACCUCAUCAUUGUAUUCUAUUAUAGGUGGGGGGGGGUCGAUUAUCACGAUUAUUAUGUUGUCGUCCUUUUAAACAAGUCUCAUGUACACUCAUACCUCAAAUGGAAGUGAAUUGUAAAACAAGAAUACAAUUACUACAUACCCAUUUAAGGUUCUUACUUUGAGGGCAAAAUUAAACUGAUUAUAAACUGUAUCAAUUUCCUUUGAAAUAUCUUCCACGAAACGUUUGUAAAAUGAAAAAUGUAUCCAGUUCUAAUUGUUGUUUUUACCAACGAGCAUCCUCAGGCUCGUAAAAAUUCUUACGUCCAGGAGCGACAGAUUGUUGGCAUUGAAAGUGCCAAAGGGGCAACAAACACUGAUAAGGAAUGUUACAAGGGAAAUUGAUGAGAUAUCCUUUUUCUUUAAUUAGUUUAUUUUGUACCUGCUGUAGCAUAUUUUCAAUUUAUGAUAUCAUCUGUUCACAAAGUGACAAAGCAAGUUUGUAAUUAACUCAGAAAACUAAAAUUAUUUUAUUGUCAGAAGAAACCCAGAACUAUACUCUUGAUGAGUAGCAUUUUGCAUGCUCACAUUUUGUCCUCAGUCAUGGAGCUGGAAGUACCUGGAGUUGAUCGCAAGUUAUGUCUCUUCAAAAUGACAACUGUAAAAGCAUCAAUUAUUGGCUGGUUCUUAAUUUUGCUAUUUUUGUUGAUAAGUAAAAAUUGUUGUCCACAUACAACUCAUUUUUUCUGUGCCAAGUUUGUGAACAUAGAAACCCAGUAAAAUGAUCAAAAUAGCAAAAUUUAAUAUAUUUUUUUUCAGUAUUAGUUAAUCAAAAGUCAAUUAGAAGCCGCAUACCUAAUAGA